AUGAGUCAUUCUACCCAGGUAGACAAUGACGCAGGGUCGCUAGGGCGCCACGGUGCGGAUGCGUACCCGUGCAACAGCGAGGAGUCGGAGUUUGACGAAGGAGACUGGGAGGAGGGAGAGGAGCAGGAGGAAGAGGAAGAAAGCGAUCGCUGCUCCAGCGACUCUUUUGGCGGAGACGAGGACGCCGACGACCAGGAGGCGGAGGAGGAGUUGGAGAGAGAGGAGCAGGAGGAAUACGAUCACGGUAGCAGCGACGUUCUGGAGGAUGACGCCAAGACAGAGCCGCCAGUUGCUGCCGCCACCGGCAGCAGCGGCACCUUCGCCGCCGCGUCGCCCUCCGCGGCUGCGUCGCUAAGUGGAGGAAGUGGGGGCAGCGCGUUCGGCGCUCUCGCUGCUUCUGUCGAAGCGUCUCCGUCAGCACCGCUACCAACUGCGCCUUCGGUUUUCGCAUCUUCUCCCUUGGCAUCGGCGGCGCCGCCUCAGCCGUUUUCGGCAAGGAUGGCACCCGCCUUUGCCAGCCACACUACGCUUCAAGAGCAGCGGCCGUUGAACACUGCCCUAGCUUCCCCUUUCCAGCCCACUGCCGCUGCAUCAGCUGCAGCCACACAGCAGCAGCUAGGCACGACUACGGCUCCCCUUCACUUUGUGGACUUCGAACGGUCGCUUGGACAGAAGUUGUCGAGCAGCGAAUGGCACCGCGCUCACAGUAAGGCUGAUGAGGUGCAGGACGUGAAGCGCGCCCUUGCGCGGUACAACCUGGUGCUGCCAACAGAUAAAUUUGACGAGGCGAUCGAGAAAGCACUGUAUGGAAGCUGA